AUGCGUACUGUCUCUACUGCGAGCGUUAUGCUCAGUGCUGCCAGCUCAGUCUUGGCUCUGACACCCCUGGAUACUUUCUAUCCCCCAACUCUGAACGACACUUCUUAUAUUUCAAAUGCUUCAAUUGGAACAUACGGUGGAAUUUACAAAGCUCCCACAAAUGGUCCUACUGAAGGAACCCCUUACGGAACAUAUGAUUAUUGUUCCAUGCCCCAUCCCCGCACUACGGAGUAUAAGGAACCAGAGCCCAUUGCCAACGGAUCGGUCAAGGGCAAGCUUGUCUACCUUGAGUACUUACAACGUCACCAAAGACGUUCGCCUUACAACAUUCUACCUGGGGGAGAGAACCAACCAUACCAGUGUGACAAUGUGCGGCCAUAUCUCUAUGCUGGUCCGGACAGCCAGAGCGGCGUUCAACCUAUCCCCAUGUAUGCUCAGACCUACCAGGAUUCGACAAACCCUUUCACUCCCGGAGUGAAUGGAACUUGUCAGUAUCCCCAGAUCACAGUAGGCGGCGUGCAAGAUGGAUACCAGCAUGGUCGUGACCUGUGGAAGGUCUACGGUGAGAAGCUUUCGCUGCUCCCAGCCAAGCCCAAUGACCGUGUCUGGUUCCGAUCCAGUGAUUCCGCUCUUACUCAGGGCUCAGCCGGUGCCGUCCUCCGCGGAGUUUGGCCUGAAUACGAUGGUGCUUUGCCGCUCCAUCAGAUGGUUGCUUCUGUUGAUACCGUCAACGAGGGCUACUCCUGCAGUGCCAUCGAUACCACCCUUGAUGAGCUCGAAUCUACUACCGAGUGGGAUGAGCAUCUCACCGUGACAGAGACGCUCCGCACGAAGCUUGGCUCCAUGCUCGGUGCCACCUCCAGCUCGUGGCAGGACACUUUCGACCACUUCUCCGACAACUUUCAGGCUCGCCUUUGUAACGGCUAUGACCUCCCAUGCAGCACCACCAACUCUUCCGACUGUGUCACUACUGAAAUGGCUGAUGAAGUCUUCCGUGCUGGUGACUGGGAAUGGAACUACUACUGGCGCACCAACGCGUACGUUCAGAAGUACAUUCAGGUCGUUGAGGGUCUUUUCAUUGGUGAGGUUCUUGCUCGUAUUCAAGCCGUGCAGGAUGGUACCUCUACCCUGGAUUACACCCACAUUUUCAUUCAUGAUGGUGAUCUUGGCCCUGUUCUCGGAUCUUUGGGCAUCAAUGCGCUCCGCUGGCCAGCUAUGGGCUCUAACAUCGCAUUCGAAGUUUGGGAGGCUGAAGGUCAGCACGAUGAGUUGUACGUCCGUGUUCUGUACAGUGGCCAGCCAAUCGAGACCAUUCACGGUACACUCGACUGGAUCAAGCUCUCUGAGCUCGUCGAUAUCAUGAGCCCAUACGUUCCCACCGACAUCGUCAAUCUUUGCGGCUAG